GCCUCACGCGCUCGUGCGUCUCUCUGCUGACGAGCCGUUGCUUUUGGAGCUGCUGUUUCUGUCACAACUGUUCGGAAUCACUGUAACAAUUUGGAAAUCAAACUUUAAACCAGAGACGGCACUAACUUUGCUGCUCUGGUCUUUUUAACAGUUUCCUUUGGCGCUGGGAGAUGUCAUCCCCGGGUUGCCACUUUAAAAGCCCGUUGUUAAUUGCGGACCUAGCUUGUUAGCGGCGGACCCGUGCGGCUAAACGCGGCUAACUUUAAACUCCACAGACUCGUCCAGAAGCUGACACAACAAGGACCAUUAAGGACCAUCUGAGAAGAGCUAAGACCUGUACACAAUGACGCAUGUUCAUUAUAAAUUCUCCUCCAAACUGAGCUACAAUACAGUGGUGUUUGACGGCGUGAACAUCACAGUGAGUGACCUGAAGAGGCUGAUCAUGAGCCGAGAGAAGCUCCGAGCCGCGGACUGUGACCUGCAGAUCACCAACGCACAGACCAAACAAGAGUACACAGAAGAGGACAGCCCAAUCCCCAAAGGCUCCUCGGUCAUUGUUCGCAGAGUCCCUUCACAUACAGUAAAGUCCAGCUCAAGUGGCAGCAACAGUCAGCGCCCAGAGGCCUGUAACUCCAGCUAUGGAUUCUUCAGAUCACCGAUGGAUGGUCAGAAAACGUCAGGUGUCUUGCCCAUUUUCUCACAGAUGGCUAACAUCGCUAGUUCCGACGACACAGAAGACGAUAAGAUCAAAACCAUGAUGAGUCAGUCCUUCUAUGGCAGCUCAAACUACAAGUACGGCGCCCCACUUCCCGCAAACUACAUUUGUUACCGCUGUGGAUCCAGUGAGCAUCACAUCCGAAACUGCCCUGUGAGCUUGGAUAAAAAUGCUGAACCUGCCAUUAAGAUAAAGAAGAGCACAGGCAUCCCUCGCUCUUUCAUGGUAGAAGUGGACGAUCCCAACAUUAAAGGUGCCAUGCUUACCAACAGUGGACACUAUGCAGUUCCAGCCAUUGACGCUGAAGUCUAUGCUGCUGGUAAAAAGAAGCCUCCCGCUCAAGAGCCCCCAGCUGAAGCUCCCUCACACGCCACUAUCCCAGAUGAACUCCUGUGCCUUAUCUGCAAAGAACUGCUCAAUGACGCUGUGGUUAUACCGUGUUGUGGGAACAGCUACUGCGAUGAUUGUAUCCGCACUGCUCUGCUGAAUUCUGAAGACCACAUUUGUCCAACCUGUAACCAAUCAGACGUCUCCCCAGAUACACUCAUAGCCAAUAAAUUUCUGCGCCAGGCUGUGAAUAAUUACACAAAGGAACAGGUUUCCACCCAAAGCCAAAAAAAUCCAUGUAUGUCUCAAGAUUGUACUCCAAGACCAAGUCCUGCCCCCACCCCACCGUCUCAGAGUCAACCCGACAAGUCACAAGUAGCAGACUUACAGAUAAGUACUGACUCAUCCAGCACCACCCUUGUUGUGAAAACCAGUGAUAAAGAAGUGGAUCUGAAGACAGACUCCUCUCCAGCUGCAAGCCCGUCUAUGUUAGUUUCAGAAGCGGACACCUGUGAUUCACUGUCUCAGCCGAUACCACUAGUUACCUCAGUUACUCCAGCAGUGACAGAUGAAACUAAUUCUGGUUCCACGUCUCAGUCUGAUAAGGCUCCUCCGCAGUGGGACAGAUCUACUUCAGCCAGUCCCAGUGAAAGUUGGACUUCAAUAAGCACAACUUAUCCAGCUUCUACCUCGCCCUCAUUCCCACUCACUCAGUCUCCUAACAUCGCACCUUCUCAUGUUCAAACAUACCUGCCAGUGCAACAGCAGCAGACUCUGAAUACUUACCCGCCCGGUUUCACCACUGCCACACCCCCAUGGACUACUGGGCCCAGCCCCCAGGGGGCACCCAUCCCUACUUUUACCUCAUCCUCCUCCACCUCUAUCCCUCCGCUUCUCCCCAAAGAGUUGAUGCUGUAUCACAGAAGGAACAAAGAGAGGACCCCUCCUAGAGGAUCGUCGUACAAGCCAUCAUAUCAUUAUACUUCAAAGUCCCGUAGAUCCAAAUCUUCUCGAUCCUCCAGUAGGUCACCCUCGCAGUCCAGGUCUCACCAUAGAGCACGGCCUUAUUCCCCUCAGUCCAGUCACAGAAGCCUCUCCAGCCGCGCUCACUCUUCUCAUUCACACAGCCGCAGCUACAAACGCUCUCACUCGCCAACCCCGACAUCACCUCAGAGGUCGCGUUCUCAGCGGAGGCUAAAAUCUCCAGAUCACCACAAGAGCCGCCAUCAUGACCACCGUCGCACAGACACAUCCUCUCCCAGCAGCAGCUGCCGCCGCAGCAGCAGCAGCUCAAAGAGAAAGGAAAGCUCACAUAGGUCAAGAGAAGCCCAGGAAUGGAGCUUAGACAUGUACCUGCGCUGGAAGCAAGAGUACAAAGACUGGUGCGAGAAGUAUUUUAACAGCUACUUCAGCCACUUUCACCAGAUGCCCCCUCCACCGCUCAUGCCCCCUGCACAGCCCCAGUGGCCCCCUCUCUCUCCCUACCACCACAGGGGGCGAUCACCUCCCUCUAGUGACAGUCUAACUUCACAGUCCCAAUCUGAAAGAAGCUCGAGCAACAGCCACAGCCAUUCCUCUUCAUCUUCCAGCGACAGCCACUCAACUCCCUCACAAUCGCUUAGUGACAGCAAUUCCCCUCUGAGCGAUAACUGCUCCCGGGCAUCUCAGGAGCCACUGAACGCGUCUCACCACAGGGACAAGGAUGAGAACCAAAACAAGACGAGGGAAUUUAGGAAGCAAGACACUGAAGACUGUCUGAAGUUGCCCCUUAAAAAGACGGAUAAACGUAUAAAGAGUAAAGGUGAAGAUAAAAAGAUAAAAGAUCAAAAAGCGUUAGAUAAAAAGAAGGAUAGAAGGAGGCAUGAAGGGACGCAGCGAGGUAGGAGCAGACAACCUGGACGCAGCUGCUCACCAGACUCGAGGUCGGACAAGAGCAGAAAGCGGAAAACUGAGGAAACUCUGAAAAAUCAAAGGCAAAAUAUUCUCAUCCAGCCCUCCUCGACUUCGGACCUGUUCCCCAAAGUGUUUGAAAGGGAAAAGCCGAAGAAAGCAGCGUGGAAGCCUCAGCCACUCACAGCAGAGAACGCGUGGGAAGGCGGUGUGAAUGUGAAAACGCCGCAAAAAAUCAACAUUAACAUCAAACUGGACGUCAAAAAGAAUGAGGAGGAAAAGAAAACGAUUAAAGAAGUUGAAGGUCGCACAAAAGAGAAUCCAUUUUACAAACUGAUAGAGGAGGCUGUUAAUAAACCUAAGAAUGAGGCUGAAAAGCAGGUAAUUCCAGAUAAAGAAAUGAGGGAUGUGAAAAACGACUCAUGGGAGAUCUUUCCAGAAGAGGAGGCCAUCAGAGAAGAGGAUUCAGACUUGUGGCACUGCGCUCUGACAUCUGUAGAGGAGGCAGAGGGGAAAGAGAAGGAGGUGAAGGAGACGGAGGAGAAGAAACCUCAGGAACAAGAAGAUCUCCCAGACUCUGAGAGGGACCAGGAUGAGAAACCAAGAAUGUCCAAGGACCCUGGCAGCUUGACAAUGACCCCAUCUGGAGGUGUGACCGUCAGUGAGGAGCAACAAAAGACAGUGGCGAAGUGUUUGGAGAAAUGUAUGGAUGACGAAUCAGUAGAGAAGCACAGAGAACAUGUGAAGGUCACCCACUCCAGACAGGAAAAAUGUGGAUCAGAGAAAGAACUGCAAGCAAACGUUUCCUCAAAUUUCAGGGAGGUAAAGGGAAGAACAAAAAGGUUAGUAGAAGUAGAUAAUGCAGAGGAGACAGAUAACAGUGCUAGUUUAGAUGGUGCAGGUGCGCCCUCUAAUGGCCAAGAAGUAACUGACAGCAGCUUUGAUUUUGACAGAAAGAGAAAGAGAAGGAGAGAGAAAGAGAGCGAGGGCAGAAAGAGAGAAGAAGGCAGCCACCAAAAAGAAAGGGAAACCACUAGCACUUUUUAUAGCAAAUCCUCAAAUUGUUCGAGCCAAGCAUUUACCUCAGUUUUAGAUUACGAGAAAUCUAGUAAAUGUAGAGAGUCAGGUGAAAACAGGAGCAGAGAGGGCACAUCACGCAAAAUCUAUAUGGAUCUAGACAAAGUGUGGAGAGGUAACUGUGACAAGUCAACUUCUUCAUCAAGAUCCUACCAGCACAACAGCCACCAAGACCCAAACAUUCACCACAACUGGACCUCACUACACUCUCAACCUCACAGUGGGGAAAAAGGCCAAGUCUCUUCAAAAACAUCUACAGAAAGCAAUCCUGGACAAAACUGGACGUGCACAAGCCAAUGCCUGGCCACACCCAUCGCCCAGUCGAGUCUAGACACGGAGGAAAAGAAGGAAGGAGUGAAUACUGAAAGAAUAGAGGAGAGGGAAAGACAUGUAUAUGCAGAAACGUCAUUCUACAGUACAAACGAAAAUGAAUGGAAAAAAGACAAGAAGAGACAUAAAAAGGAGAAGAGACACGCCAGUCCUGAUGAAGGGAAGAAGUUGAAGAAGAAGAGAAACAAAGAUGGAGGACUUUAGUAAAGAGAAUGUUGGAUAAACAUACUUGAAUUGUGUUUUCUUUGACAAGUGCCUAUUAUUUUUUGCCUUAAUUUCUUGUUCUGCCUUAACAUAGUAAUAUAGUAAUAUAGCUUAUGCUGCAUCACACUGGGACAAAGCACUUUUAACUUCAUGAAAAUGUGACUGAAAUCAAAGGGGAAAUCUCUUAGAAAGAAAUUUGCACAUGAUUACAACCUGCUGUAAGGUCGAUUCAAGACAAGUCUGACAAGAGAUUGUGUGAUUCUUUGCCUCAGGUGCAUUCUUAAGAUAUUAUUGAUUUGCAAUGACUUGAAAAGAGUGAAUAUUCAAAUGACGAAUAUAAAUCUUUUGUUUAUGUAUUUUCAUUUUGUAAAUGUAAAACAAACACUCAAGCUGCUGGGUAGAUAUAAUUUGCCAAAAAUGUUUUCCUGUUUUGAAGGAAAUAAAAAAUCCUACAAGU